CUCUCGCAACAUCAUGGUGGCCUACUGGCGACAGGCUGGACUCAGCUACAUUCGCUACUCCCAGAUCUAUGCAAAGGCAGUGAGGGAUGCCCUGAAGAUGGAAUUCAGAGCAAAUGCAGAGAAGACUGCUGGCAGCAGCAUCAAAAUUGUGAAAGUGAAAAAAAGAAUAACCAGCCCUGACUAGAGCUUGAAGUGCUACAUUUUCACCCUGAAGAUGUGUGGGCACAUGUUAUGGCAGAUUGUAAUCCAUGUCACUUUGUGAGGGGGAAAAAGUACCUAUCUUAUUCAUAAAUUAAUGAUACCAAUAAAUUGAUGCAUGGUUCACUGUUAAAAAA